UUGAUUUUUCUCCCAUUUGACAAACUGUGGUUUGAAUGCGUACCAUUUUCGCAUACUCUUCAACUCUUUCUACCUUCAAAUUCAAAGUAACCGCGUGAUUCGCAAUUUCCUAUGUGCAUCCUUCCCAUCAAAGUAUAGGACCAAAUCCCUUACCCAUCUCCCUCUAUAUUCCAUUUCACAGGGUUUUUGAGUGGAGGGUGAGAAGAAAUGGGGCAACAGUCAUUGAUCUACAGCUUUGUGGCUCGGGGGACGGUGAUUCUUGCCGAGUACACGGAGUUCACGGGGAAUUUCACCUCCAUCGCCGCUCAAUGCCUCCAGAAACUACCUGCUACCAACAACAAGUUCACCUAUAAUUGCGACGGCCACACCUUCAAUUACCUCGUUGAAAACGGGUUCACGUACUGUGUUGUUGCAGUUGAGUCCGCAGGCAGGCAGAUUCCCAUUGCCUUUUUAGAAAGAGUUAAGGAAGAUUUCAACAAAAGAUAUGGAGGAGGGAAAGCUGCAACUGCUGUUGCCAACAGCCUGAACAAAGAAUUUGGUUCCAGAUUGAAGGAGCACAUGCAGUACUGUGUGGAUCAUCCGGAGGAGAUCAGCAAGCUUGCUAAGGUUAAGGCUCAGGUUUCUGAAGUUAAAGGAGUGAUGAUGGAAAACAUAGAAAAGGUUCUUGACCGAGGAGAGAAGAUUGAACUGCUGGUGGACAAAACUGAGAACCUUCGAUCACAGGCUCAAGAUUUUAGGCAACAGGGGACCCAGAUGAGGAGGAAGAUGUGGCUCCAAAAUAUGAAAGUAAAACUCAUUGUGUUGGGUAUCCUCCUUUUGUUGAUUCUCAUCAUUAUUCUGUCUGUCUGCCGUGGCUUCAAGUGUUAAUUUGCACCGAACUUUCCAUCGAUUCUCUUGCUGCCAUCUUGAUUAGAACUGUCUUGCUGGGUUCGUUUUCCUUUCCAUUCUGAUACUCCAUCUUCCAGUUUCUCUCCUUAUUGCACCUCCCCUUUCUACUAUCCUCAUAGGACCAGGAAGGGUUUGUAUUUUGGAUUUCAAUGUAUAGGCGAUUUGUAGAAAUUCCUUAUUAUUGUAGAAAAAACUUCUUUAUUCAUCAGGCUUUUUUUUUUGUUUUUUUCAUUGUUGAGACAUUUCAUAUGUAAUGUAUGAUACUUGCAGAUCCGAUCAGUUUUAUU